GGGAUGAGGCCCGUCCGCUGCGGCGAGCGGGGCGGAAGUGGGGAAAAAGGCGCCAAAGCGUUGCCCCGGGAAACGGAGGUGACGGGACGAUGGAGAGAGAGUCGCCGAACUCACGGAGUCAACAUGGCGCCCUCGACGAACUACAAGAUGAGCUAAUUCAAGAGGUUCAGAACAAGCUCACCCUCUGUGAUGCCCGAACACUCAUCCAGGACUCGGAAAACCCACUGGCUGUGUUACUGGCCCGGGAGCGGGCAUUACUGGCAGAGUUAAACGUGCAGAAGAGCAGGGAACCCGAGUUGCUGCUCGUGAAUCAGGAGGUUCUCACAUCGUUGGGAAAGCAGGAGUUACAGAAUACCGAUCGACAGCUUGAACAAAUGCUCUCCUGUGUGCGGGCCAAGAAAAAAUCCUUGCACGAACAGCUAGAGAGGGAGAGGAAGUGGCUGGAUGAAGAGCGGGAGAUAGAGACAUCUCUACAGCAGAGAGAGGAGGAUGGACAGAUGGUGUGCCUGCUGCAGAACAGUCCGUGCUAA